AUGCAGUCUGAGGCGGCGCAGCGCCGCCACGACCUCAUGGCGCCGUCAGAGGCGGCCGCCGCCAAGGCCGCGGCGCGCGUGGCGACGCUCGGGCAGCAGAUCACUGCCUGCGAGUCUGACCUCGCGGCGAGCUGGCGCAGGGCGGCGGAGUGGGGGGUGCCCCUGGAUUACACAGACGGCGCUGCCGGCCCCGCGGAGUGGCUUGGGGGACUGGCGGAGGUGCUCACAGCGGCAAAAGCUGCAGAGGCGGACCAUCGGCGGGCGGCGCUGGAGGCAGCCGCGGCACCGACGGAACAGGGGGCCGCCCAGGGCGGCGGCCCCACCGAGCCCGUGGCGGCGGCGGCGGCGGCGCCCAUCGUGCUGCUGAGCCACCACGUGGGUGCUAUUUAG